CCGCAGCUUCCUGGGCUGUACGGCUGUGUUGUUCCUUGAAGCUAACCGACAAGCUAACCAGGCUAAUUUCAGUGACGAAAUACCAGGACCCGUCGACCUAACUAGACGCCACGACAGUCACUUUGAGGCUUUGAAUCGAAUAUGGGGAAGGGUGGCGGUACCUUUGAGAGGCUUCUUGAUAGAGCCACCAGUCAGCUGCUCCUGGAGACUGACUGGGAAUCCAUUCUGCAAAUCUGUGAUCUCAUUCGCCAAGGAGACACACAAGCUAAAUAUGCUAUUGGGGCCAUUAAGAAGAAGCUGAAUGACAAAAAUCCACAUGUGGCCCUGUACGCACUUGAGGUUUUGGAGUCCGUGGUAAAGAACUGCGGCCAGACGGUGCAUGAUGAGGUGGCGAGUAAGCAAACUAUGGAGGAACUAAAGGAUCUUCUCAAGAAACAGACUGAACCAAAUGUCAGAAACAAGAUUCUGUAUCUGAUCCAGGCUUGGGCUCAUGCCUUCCGCAACGAACCCAAAUACAAAGUGGUUCAAGACACUUAUCAAAUCAUGAAAGUGGAAGGUCACGUGUUCCCUGAGUUUAAGGAGAGCGAUGCCAUGUUUGCAGCUGAGAGAGCCCCAGACUGGGUCGAUGCUGAGGAGUGCCACCGGUGCAGAGUCCAGUUUGGAGUAAUGACAAGAAAGCACCAUUGUCGAGCUUGUGGCCAGAUUUUCUGCGGCAAGUGUUCGUCCAAGUACUCCACCAUUCCGAAGUUUGGCAUUGAGAAGGAAGUGCGUGUCUGCGAGCCCUGCUUUGAGCUCCUUAACAACCACCCCUCCCUCUCUCCUCCUCUCAGGAAAGCUGAAGGCAAAGCCCCUUCUGCAGGCCCUACUGAACUGCCUCCCGAGUACCUGACCAGCCCCCUGUCCCAACAGUCCCAGAAUUAUCAUUCUCAUCAGAUGCCCCCCAAGAGAGAUGAGGCUGCCCUGCAGGAAGAGGAGGAGCUGCAGCUGGCCAUUGCCCUUUCCCAAAGUGAGGCUGAGGAAAAGGAGCGCAUGAGACAUAAGAACUCUUACACAAUGUAUCCCAAAACUGAUCCCACCCCUGUGACUUCAUCUGCACCCCCAGUCAGUACCCUCUACACUUCCCCUGUGAACUCCUCUGCUCCAUCAGCUGAAGAUGUAGACCCUGAGCUGGCCCGUUACCUGAACCGAACGUACUGGGAGAAAAAGCAGGAAGAGGCUCGCAAGAGUCCCACCCCGUCAGCCCCCGCCCCUGUGCCAUUGGCAGAGCCACUGCCACCAAUCAGUCAGCCUGUAGAAACUCAUGUCCCUGUCCAGCCCAUCAGCAUAGUGGAGCCACAGUAUCAGAAUGGAGAGUCAGAGGAAAACCAUGAGCAGUUUCUGAAGGCUUUGCAGAAUGCUGUCACCACCUUCCUUAACCGCAUGAAGAGCAACCACAUGCGCGGCCGCAGCAUCACCAACGACAGUGCCGUCCUCUCCCUCUUCCAGUCCAUAAACAAUAUGCAUCCACAGCUGUUGGACAUCCUCAACCAGCUAGAUGAGAAGCGAUUGUACUAUGAGGGGCUGCAGGACAAAUUGGCUCAGGUGCGUGAUGCUCGGGCUGCCCUCAAUGCUCUUCGGGAUGAACACAGAGAGAAGCUGCGGCGCGCUGCAGAGGAAGCAGAGAGACAGAGGCAGAUUCAGCUGGCACAAAAACUGGAGAUCAUGAGGCAGAAGAAACAGGAGUACCUGGAGAUGCAAAGACAACUGGCCAUUCAGCGUCUCCAGGAGCAAGAGAAAGAGAGGCAGAUGCGUUUAGAGCAGCAGAAGCACACAAUCCAGAUGAGAGCCCAAAUGCCUGCUUUCUCUCUGCCCUAUGCCCAGAUGCAGUCUUUGCCCCCCAACGUUGCGGGAGGGGUAUAUCAGCCUGGUGCUCCUCCCAGCUAUCCGGGCACCUUCAGCCCUGCUGGUUCUGUGGAGGGCUCACCAAUGCACAACAUCUACAUGAACCAACCUGGGCAGACUGCACCACCACAGUACCAGGCAAUGCCCAGUGCUGCCACAGAUCCCAAUAUGGUUAAUGCAUACAUGUACCAGGCUGCAGGCACCAAUGGGCAGCCUGCUCCUCCUUGCCAGGCUCCACCAACUACUAGUCCACCUUACUCCAACUAUCAGCCCACAGCCACACAGACCUACCAGAAUGUGGUCUCCCAGGCACAGAGUAUGCCCCCAAUGACACAGGCAGCUCCCACCAACGGUAUGGCUUACAUGAGUUACCAGCCAUACAACAUGCAGAACAUGAUUUCUGCACUGCCAGGACAGGACCCCAAUAUGCCCCCCCAACAGGCCUACAUGCCAGGACAGCAGCCCAUGUACCAGCAGGUGGCUCCCCCUGGUGGACCGCAGCAACAGCAGCAGCAGCAGCAACAGCAGCAAGCACCUCAGUGUGUGCCUGGCAGCACAGAGGCACAGCUCAUCUCCUUCGACUGAGAGACUGAGUGCUGCAGGAUCUGACACACUACACCUUCUCUCCUCCACUGGUCUCUCCCCUCUCCCUCUGGACUCUGAGGAUACCCACUGGAAACACACACACAAACUUCCCACCUUCCACCUUGCUGUGAUGUUGUGGCAACGUGACAUAUUGUGAUAAUGUUGCAAAACUGUUGCUCUCCUUUGCUCUCUCCCACUGGCAUAUGGGAAUUGGGGGUAAAGCUGCAAUUGAAGGCUCGAUAACCCAGACCCUUCUCCCCAUCUCCUCUUUUUUCCAGCUGAUAUGUAUGUAGUAUUUCCUUAUCAAAUGAAUAACUGAAGCGCAGAAAUAGUAAGUGGUAUUCAAGUGAAAAUGAAUAAGUAAAUAUAAUAACUUAGGAGAUUUAAAAAAGAAGCAACCAUCCUUUGUCUCAUAUUUUUCUAAAACAAAAUUUGCAUGUAAAAUUUCUGUUAUUUUCUGGAAUGGAAUUGAAUUAUUGCAACCCAACUAACAGUUUGGGCAGCAAAUAACAGUGAAGCCUGAAAGUACAGUCAAAGGCUUGGAGUUAAUGGCACUAAUUCACAUUUUCAUCAGGUUAACAGUUUAACAUUCCAGUUUUAGUUUUCAGAUCAUCCGUAUCCCAAAAAACAAAGGCUCAUCUUGGUUUGAUGUUUAUUUGUUGUGCACUGCUUGGACUAUUGAUGUAGUCUCUGAAAAGACAACACAUUGCAGGGAUUGUUUAUUGUGGGAAGAGUGUUAGAAAAUUAGCUAGAUGGUUGUUUAAUCCUGCCUACAUAUGCAGUCAGAGCAAAUAAUUAAAAUUCGCUGAUUCGACCAUAAAACAUAUGCAUUAAAAGCAGUCUAAAAAAAUGACUGCUUAAGUACCAUCAAGAUUCUGAAAACCAUUUGACUUUGGUAAUUUUUUCUUCCAGGUCCCCUAUUUUUCAUCCAUUUUUUUAACUAACACAUGCAAAGUUGGCUACAUAUACAAUGCGCACCUGUACAAUAUAACUGCAAGAACAGGUAGGCACUCUUUCCAAAGUAUACUCACCCAUUCAGAGAUGUAGAAAUGCUUGCAGAGUGACCAUGAUGUGCUGCAUGUACACAUCACACGCCCAAUUAGUGAUUUCUGUAACCUUUCAGUUGCCAUUUGUGACCUUGUUUAUUCCAUCAUACUGAUCUGUCUGACUUUAAGUCGUUUUAAAAUUAUAUUUAAUAAAUAUCUGGUUCUUACUGUCCA